AUUUCUUCUCUAUAGUCAACGCAAACAUAACGUAACCUGAAAAGUUGUGCAUAUAUCAUUUUUUCUGCCUAAAUAAUCAUAGUUGGAUUAAAUUGAUUGAAGGCACAUUGAAUAUUCAGAAAAAAUGUGUCAAUUCUAAGGAAUCACAACAAUCUUAUUAUAAUUAAAAUAAUAUUUUAAUUCCAUUAAUUAUGAGGAUGUUGCAAUGUGUUCUUUUGUGGCUUAUAGAAUUUGUAUAAAACAUUUUAAAUUGUACGAAGAACAGAUAUCUUUGUAUUAGACAAAUCUUGGCAUAAAAACUUAUGCUAGGGCUUUGUUAUAAGGAGUACUUAUUGACAGUAUAAAAUUUGUGUAAGACAUUUUAAAUUGUACAAAGAAGAACACAGAUAUUUUUGUAUUGUGUCAAUCUUUACAUAAAACUUGUACUAGGGCUCUCUUAUAAGGAGUACUUAUUGACAGCAAUUAAAGAAACAACAGUCCAAUCAUGAAUAUGACAAAGAAAAUCAAUGUCAACUUUUCAUCCUUGGUUGGUUUGAAAGCAGAGCUGUUGAGAAAACAAGCUGAAGUAAAUGAAGCAAAGUUAAAAGCAGAAGCCUCUGUUAAUGCACUACCACAGCUGAACAAGAAGAGGAACAAGAAAGUUGUUGCAGAAGAUACGGAGAAAACCCUAAAAAACUCUAAAAAAACAGUAGAUGCAGAGGACAUUAUCGCUCACAAAAAGUCAAAAUUAAUGCUGGAAGCUAAAGCAAGAUUGUACGAGAGGUUGAAGAAAUCAAAGAAUAAUAAUGACAAAUUUCUUGUCGAUUUCAAGAAUAAAGUGGACGAAGAACCUAACGAAGAACCCGACGAAGAAUUUGUCGAUGAAGCUAUUAAUGAACAACAUCCUAUAGAGCCAGAAGAAAAUUGGAUCGAGUAUCAAGAUUGUUUUGGUCGCACUAGAAAAUGUCUGCGAGAAGAUUUGCCGCAUAUGCAAAAGAAGGAUGAUUUAAUAAAACAUGAAAUAAUGAAGAGGAGCACCGGUGAAGACAGAGAGGAAGAAAACAUGGAACAAUAUCCUAUUCAAGAAAAAGAACCCGAGAUAGAAAUUAUGAGAAGAAAAUGGGAGGAACAAACGCAGAAACUUGCAGAUAAAGUCGAUAUACAUUAUCAGGAUAUAUUAUUUGACGAAGCACGAACACAUGGUGUCGGUUACUAUGCAUUUUCUCAAGACGAAGAAGAGAGAAUAAAGCAACAAGAAAAUCUAGCAAACCUGAGGAAGGAAACAGAGAGGAGACAGAAAGAAAUGAAAGAGAUUAAGGAAUUGAAAGACAGAAUGGAACAAAACCGAUUAAAGGCAGCAAGAAUUAGACAGCGAAUCAGAGCGGGUUUGCCAGCAGAGCCAACAGAGGAGGAACUAGCAUUGGAAAACAAAUUAAUUAAUUCUACUGACAAUAAAAUUGCCAAAAAUAAUGAUAAAUCUAUCGAAAACGAUAACAAAAAAUCGAGCGAGGAAACUGAUGAUAAAUCUGCAAAUAUCGCAGAAAUUGACAUAACUCAUCAGAAAGAAAAGGAUAAUGAUGAAGAUAAAAUAAGAGCUUUUGGAGAACUAUUGGGCAAAAAGAAUCAUUGGCAUGUAAUGUCACAAGAGGAAUGGGUACAUAAAUGUAGAAGCCAAAGAAUUAAUGAAUUUGGCCCAGUUUAUGAUAAUUUUCAAAGUGCUGGAUUUUACAACAGUUCGAAAAAUAUUGAUGAGCAAUCAGCUAAUGAUAAACAGCUUGAUAACACAGAAAUUAGCAAAUUCCAAGAACCCGUUAAAAAAUCUAAUAUGAAUUUGCAGAAUUAUGAAGAUAAUAAUGAACCCAGCAACGAAACAGUCUCUGUUGUAAAAAAUAUUGAUGACCAUAAUAAUAAAAACAAUUCAGUAGAAUAUAGUAAUCUAACAAGUGAGAGUAACACUACAUAUGAAUUGCCUAAAAAUGCAACAGAAUUAGCAUCAAAUCCUGCUACAAGUUUAUCUAAUUCAUUAUUAUCUCAAGGACAAGCAACUGUUUCAUAUCCAUUAUCACAUCUAUCUAAUAAUUAUUCACAAAAUAUAUAUGGUUAUCUUGGAGCAUCCAAGCAGCAUAAAUUGCCAGAUGAUAUGAAUAUUCCUCUUCCUGGUGAAAAUACUUCAUCAAUUUCUGAUGACAAAUCCACUUACACAAGUAGAGAAGAAACAGUAUCACAUAAUAUAAAUGAGGAUCACAUAAUGGCUGGUCUCAAAUAUUUAAGAGAAAAGUUUGAGGAAAAUAAAAAGUAAGACAUAGUAAAAAUUUGUAUUAUAUCUAUUUAAUACAUGUACAUAUCUUUAU